CUCUCUGGCUAGACUCUGGCAUUUUUUAGAGGGUCUGUUUUCCUGGCCCCUAUGGGUGUAGUGUCUACCAGUUGGCAGGAAGGGGUCAGCGUGUCCCAGAGGUCCCACUUCCACCAAAGAGCCGAACAAGACAACAUGCCUCCCAAGAAGCCUGAGCCUAAGAAGGAGGCGACCAAGGCCCCAGCCCCGGCCCCAGCCCCGGCCCCAGCCCCAGCCCCAGCCCCUGAGCCACCAAAGGAACCUGCCUUUGACCCCAAGAGUGUAAAGAUAGACUUCUCUGCUGACCAGAUUGAAGAGUUCAAAGAGGCUUUCUCAUUGUUUGACCGGACCCCGACUGGAGAGAUGAAGAUCACCUAUGGGCAGUGUGGGGAUGUGCUGAGGGCCCUGGGCCAGAACCCCACCAACGCUGAGGUGCUGCGUGUCCUGGGCAAGCCCAAGCCUGAAGAGAUGAACGCCAAGAUGCUGGACUUCGAGACAUUCCUGCCCAUCCUGCAGCACAUCUCCCGCAACAAGGAGCAGGGCACCUACGAGGACUUCGUGGAGGGGCUGCGUGUUUUCGACAAGGAGAGCAAUGGCACAGUCAUGGGUGCUGAGCUUCGGCAUGUCCUGGCCACCCUGGGGGAGAAGUUGACCGAGGCUGAAGUGGAGCAGCUGUUAGCUGGGCAAGAGGAUGCCAAUGGCUGCAUCAAUUACGAAGCCUUUGUCAAGCACAUCAUGUCUGGGUGAAGCAGA